AUGACAGAAAAGGAAGGUGGAUUAGAUCAAAUCCUUGAUAAUAUCGUAGGUAAUGAAAAGCUUAUCAAAAAACCAGGAAAAACAAAACAAGAAAAAAUGGAAGAAAAAGAGUUGAAAGAAAAACAAAAAUUAAGAAAAAUGUUUCUCGAAAAAGAACAUAAUAGUGCAUGUGUUAUAAUUGAUAAACAUGAAAGAGAGCUCAAAAAAAUUGCUAUGAAAGGUGUUGUACAAUUGUUUAAUGCUAUUGCUGAGCAUCAACAUAAAUUAAAAAUUGCAGAAAUGAAAGAUGAAACAGGACUAAAAGAUAUUGAUGAUUUUGUUGAUGAAACAGUAUCAAAAGAUGAUUUCUUUAGUAAAAUUAUCGCACAACAACAAAAAGAACGAAAAGAAAUUCAGGCACAUGCUAGUGAAACUUCAAAGAAAAUUUAUGAGGGAAGUUCUGUUAAAAAACAAAAACGAAUUGAUGAAGAGAAAAAAGCUAAAGAACAAAAGAAGAUUGAGAAAUCAAAAAUCAAAAAAGAAAAACGGGCUGAAAGAAAUAAAGAAAAGAAAGAGGAAGAGAAAUUUGUUUCAGGAAUGAAAAAAGAUAAGAACGAAAAGAAACCGAAAAAAAAUAAUAAAAAGUAA